AAAAAAUCAAACAAGCUAGAAAAAGCUUGGACCAUAACAAAGGAAACCAAGAAAAGAAAAGAAAAAAUGGCAAUUCUCUUUACACCAUUUUCAUACUCUUUCUUCCCCAAAAAACUCAACACCAAUUUCUCCGCCAUCAAUGGCUAUACCUAUAAUUUCAGUAACAGAUACCCUUUUCAUUCUUCUGUUCUCUGUUCUUCUCAAAUUUCUCAACAACCCCAAAUUUGUUCACAAACCCCAUCACCAAUCUUGAUUGAUAAAUCUUUUUUAUGUGUAUCUGAAGCUAAAUCUGAAAAUGAGUUGUGGGCUGCUUCUUGUCUUCGUGUUAGGACUUUCUAUGGCUUUCACCAUGAAAUUCUUAACAUAGAAGAUCAUACAAAGUACCUGACUGAACGUGAGUUUGAAGCACUGACGGAACGUAUUGCUGGGAAAAGGGUCGGCUUUGGAAGAGUUUCUUGCAUCAAUGCCACCCUUCCAUUUUCAGAAGUCUCAAAUGUUGCAUAUGAUUUGAGUACUUCUUGUAAGUUUUCUCAUGAUAACGCGGAUCUAGUUGUUGUCGGGACCCUGGACGUUAACCAGUGCAUCAGACUACCGGAUGAAAUCACAGGAAUGAAACCAAAGGGAAUAGGAGCUGAUUUUGCUAGGGGAUACUUGAGUAAUGUAUGCGUUGCUGGAGAAUUGCAAAGAAAUGGCCUCGGCUACGCUCUUAUUUGUAAAGCAAAGACGGUUGCUAAAGACAUGGGAAUAAGUGAUCUAUACGUCCAUGUUGCCAUCGACAACGAGCCAGCAAAAAAGUUGUACAUAAAGUGUGGCUUUGUACAAGAGAACGAGGAACCUGCGUGGCAAGCGAGGUUCUUAGAUCGACCUCGAAGACUUUUAUUGUGGACAGAUCUCUCCAAUUCUUCUGAUGUUUCAAUGUAAAAUGUACACAAAAUUCACUCAAGAAAAGGAGAAAGGCCCUCCAAGAAACCUCACAUUGUAUCAUUUUCUUGUAGAUUCUUAAUGUAUAUCAUUGUGUCCAUCUUUUUACAGACAUGAAGAAAAUGUAUUCCAUGUAACUUAUUGUAUUUUGUAUUAUAACUUUUGAAUAAAGUCUUAAAUAUCAUUGAGAGGUUUUAUGUUGAUAA